AAGCAGGGAUCCUCUGGCGAAUCAGUGAAAUCCGACAGCUUAGAAUUAACUCACAAAAAUUCUUCUCAAUACCUUUCCGAAAUUCUAUCGCCCCUUUUGCAUUUCAUUCCAACCGGUCCUCUGGCUGGUGUAAUCAUAUAGCCCAGAAUGGCCUCACAAUUACUUCCUCUCGAGCUUAUUGACAAGUGCGUCGGCUCAAAAAUUUGGGUUGUUAUGAAGGGAGAAAAAGAAUUCAGUGGCACUCUCGUCGGCUUCGACGACUAUGUCAACAUGGUAUUAGAAGACGUUACCGAAUUUGACUACUCCGGUAACCACACAAAUCUCUCCAAGAUCCUGCUGAACGGCAACAAUAUCUGCAUGGUAAGGCAAUGGAAGAUAUCCCAAGUACGUUUUGCUAACGAUAGUUUAGUUGAUUCCUGGUGGCGAAGGCCCUGGUGAAGCGACUGCAUAAUGACUUUAUGAAACUCCAAAAUAAAAGUAAAAUAGAAAGGCAACAUCAGGUGUGGAAGACUACAAUGUAUCAGGCUAGAUUCAAUUCGAGAUGGCUGUCACUUAAAUCAAGAGCAAUGGGCAUUCCAAAUUGCGAGAUACUAAACUUCUUUUGUCUGUGCAAGUCGAAGUAUUAUGUCAUUUAAAUUCAUGUACGCUGGAAAAUAGAGAUCUAGCCUACUUUUCCAUGAACCCUGGGUCUCCUAAAACGCCGAAAACAUGAUAACCGAACCCCGUCAUUGAUGCAAUCAGUCCUACUUUUUCUUUACAUACCACCGUUCUGCAUAUUUCCUUGGUCACCGGUAUUGGUGAUACGACGGAGUUCCCAUUCGCGAGUAAAGUCCUGGUGGAGGGUCUCGAGUUGGUUGAUGAGUUUCUCGCAGACAGAGAUAAAGACGUCUCGUGGAGAGAUGGUGCCAUCGGUCUGUACACGAAUGAACAAGUCAGGGACGUUGGGGUGAGCAACUGCAAAGGUUGGGUUAGUGGAAGUCUUGCAAACUGCAUCUAGCAACAGAAUCAACUUACUCUUGUAACCAGCCAUGUAGACGUUGGGGUGCAUCUUGAUGUGUUCCGACAGCAAGUUUCCAAGCGUGUGGUCUUCCUUCUUCAAGAUGAAGUCAGAGGUGUUUGACAUCCCCGAGUAGACCUUCUCCUCAAUCUUCUUGUCUCCAUCGCCCAGCAAGAAAAGUUCGAAACUGUGUCUCAGUCAGCAUAAUGGCUCCAACCAGGGUCUUUGGUGGCAUCACGGGUCAUCUUGGAGGUUAAAGUGCUUUGGAUUGCCGCCAGCCAUUUUCGGUAAGUGCAGGUGUAGUAGGCUUUGGGGAUUUGUAGGUAUUCUUCAGCUGAUUUAGGGUUGCUUGAUGCCAAGUUGCUCUGGGGACUAGUGAGGGAGGUUGGCAUGGCCAGAUUCACUGGCUGCCAGCUCAAUACGUUGCCAGCUGGCAGCUGAGCGGCAACAGUAACUGGUUCAGCACGGCAGCGAGAUGUGUCAAAUUGGCCUUUGGCGUUGGCAUAUCCUUCCAGCGGCCAAUGCUGCCAUCCCUCAGUUUGCGCACGUGGACUUCCAGGUGAAGCGUGGCUCGUGAAUCUCAAACCAGUUGGGGCCUCCAACUAGACCAAGUCUUCGUCCAAUGGCCUUGCAUUCGCGAAGUACAGACGGCUUCGAACAAGAAGAAAUAAAAUAUCAGGAAUACUAACCGAUCGGGCGCGUUCAUGGUGAGAAAUGGGCGAAGCUAAGAUUUCUAGGUAGCAGGUGGUUGGAAGCUGACGAAGCAAGCGAAUGUUGAAAGCAACUGAGUUGACUGCAGAUGACCGCGAUUGUAACCAGAAAGAAACCGAGUGUUGUAAAAAGCAAAAUUUAAAGUGGAAGCAAAAUAUUUUAAAUAGCCAAGGCUGAGGGGCGUGUGAGUAGGUGAGUUUGAAGUGAUGCGAGUUGAAGUCGUAGUGAGG